UUAAAGUCAGACGCGCAGAUUUUGUAGCGUGAUAUGCAGCGGGCUUAGAGCAGCUCUCCUGUCUUGAUAGAUUAUAACAGUUUCAACGGAAGAAUGUAAAGGAUUUCACGAUGUAGUCAAUAUGAAGGUUGUUGAAACCCUGAAGCUUAAAAAUAGAUAAUCAGAUUUUCUUUACUCCUGGGACAGUAAUGGAUUUAUUCUAGUUCCAUCAAUGCAGGUGAAAAAACUAUGAAGAUACGUAAACUAUUGUGAAUCAUCCAUUUUCUAGCUUCAGGAUGCCUGGGAGUUUACUUCUUGCAAACGAUACACGCUCAGAAAUAUCGGACACGUCUCAAAGGAGCUUAGACUCAAAAUUGGCAAGUAAAAAAGUAAGUUUCAAUAAAGCUGUUCGUGUUAAAAAAUACCCAUGGAGGCCAGAAACUGAAAUUCAGGCUACAGAACCUCUAAUUUUACCUAGUAACAGAUUUUGGUUCAAAGUUUAUAAAAGCAAGGAGACUUCUUUUCCUCUUCCUACGGAAGAAUUACAUGAUACUUGGGAAGAUGAAAACAUGGAAUGUAUUCAUGACACUCUUACUCCAAUUGCUGAAGUAGAUGACGUUGAUCAAGAGAUCAACCAUUACCAGCCAUAUGUUGGAGAUAAGUGGAAUUAUAAGAGUGAAAAGAAUUAUUUUCCUAGCAGCAGGUACGACGAUAUUUAUAAUCAUCCAGUCGAACCACCUGUAGAUUAUUUUGAUGACAUGCAUUUGAAUAAAAAUGAGUAUGGAGAUAAAGCAGGCUGGAAUGGUAAUAAUGUUAAUAAUGAAUCAAACAUCAUCAGCAAUAAUACUUACAUGGAUAGGUCCAUCCUGUGGAAUCAAAACAGGGAACAAGCGAAUCAUGAAAUAGAUACAGAGAAUAACAAAUUCGGGGAAUAUUCUGCUAAUACAUAUACUAACAAUAAAGAUUCCUUCAUAAGGAGCUUAAAAUUACCUCGCAUGACUCUAAAGCGUGAAUGCCCAAACAAAACACCAGAUACAAAGUGUAAUGUAACAAACACUCUGAAAUCAAGGGAAAGAAGAUCGAGAUCUCAUGAUGAUCAUACAGAUACAGAAGAAAACUUUAAACAACUUAAAAAAGCCGAUAAAUCCGUCUCAACUGAUGAUCUUAUUACUUAUCGCAAUCGAAUCUCUUCUCCAAGUAGAAUUUUUACAGCUAGUCGAGAUAUAGCAACUCAAUGUUAUGGAACAUUAACACGAAGUAAAAAUAUACCUCCUAUUUUAAGGAACGAGACAAAUUUAUUACUAGCGUCUGCAAGACGAGGGAUUAAUUCCUCAAACACGAAUAGCGAUAUCAUCAAAAACAGAAAUCUAAAAUCUGAAACUUCAGAAGCACAUAUAUACAGUGACGGAUUAAAAAGCAAUACAACAGCUAAAUAUUUUCGAAAGGACAAUCAGUUAAGUGACAAUGUCAACAGUCUCUCGCAUUCAAAGCAAGGCAGCCAAAUUAGAAACACUUACGCUCCAAAUGGCAACUAUAUUAAAGCAGGCAUCAGAAGGUAUGAGCCGCUGAUGAAUAAUAAAGUGAACGUUGUCAAUAAUUCAAGACAAAGUGAAAAUAUUCCAUGCGAUUUUGUGCGCAAACCAUCUAUAAAAAUAAAUAAAGGAAACUUAAGAACAGAGUCGACUGCUGCUUUACGUAACGAGGCAUGGAAAAACCGAGAAAACAGCCCCUGUCAUGUCAAUCAGCAGUCCACAAAGCUAGAUUACAUAAGAGGUCGCCAAAUUCCUCUUACGGAAGUUAACACAAAUAUGAAAAAACCUGCCGAAAUUAAUGCUAAUAUUUUAUCAGCUUCUAGAAAUGGAAUAAAAACAAGUAGUCCACCAUAUCAUACUCAUGAUAUCAAAUCCAGUCCAUCAACGAGUGAUAAACAAUAUGUUAAGAAGGGUUUAUCUUCUAGCACAGAAAACUAUUUUGGCAGGAAAGUCAAGAAUGGUGUAAGUUCACCUAAGAGCUGUAUAUCAAGUUACGACGACAGCGACCACUCAGUUAUUGACUGGACGUUGUCAGGAUUUCAAUUAGGAACAAAGCUAGAGAAUGGAGGAACUUCGAUUUCGGAUAGCGAAUAUACUGUUCAUAGACGGCCACCUUUACUUAUGUAUAUACCAGGAGUAAGUCAUCAUGACCGUCCUGCGGAAGAAGAUGACAGAUUGUCAGCUCUUAGCGAAAUGUCACGCUCAGAGCUAAAUGACGGAUUAGGCUCUCUUGUUAGUACUUCAGCUAAUGAUAAAAGUUCAAUGUACGACAUAAGACGUCGUCACUCUAUGCCCAGAGAUGAAAAGCUGAAACGUAUGAAAUGGAAAAAGUAAAGGUUAACCAGAAUUAUUUGGAUUCAAUAGUUAAGAGAAAGUCAGAUGAAUUCAUUUAAUGUAUUUACUCGAGAUGUAGAGAUCUCCUCAGGUUGUUUAUUAGUAAACUUAAUUUUUAUAAAUAAUACUAUGUAGAAGCAAAUAUAUAUUAUUUUUUAAGCAACGAUUUGAAUGAAAUUUUUAUAUUUCAUUAAUCUGCUGUAAUUAAUGAUAAUUGUAUCCAAACAAUUGAAAUACUGAAAUAAAAAUUAUCAUAGCA